CACCUUGUCGGCCGCUUUACCCAUUUCUAGCUCCACACUACUCUUCCUCCUCCAAAGUCCACAGUUCACUCCUCUCUCUCUCUCUCUCUCUCUCUCUCUCUCUCUCUCUCUCUCUCUCUCUCUCUCUCUGCGAAUAGAGCACCAUUACCACCAAAACCCUCUAUCUCCUCUUUGUCUGUGUGUUUACAUCAGACCACCAUUCCCAAGAGAAGCUCUUUCUCUUUCUGUGUGGGUGUUAGGAGUGUGUGGGGGCGUCCGUGCGCGUGUGCAUGUCUGCAUUCAGCAGGAAUAGACUACCACUACCACCAGUUCUCGCUUUCUUUCUCAACUAGAUUUCUCCUUAACAGUUUAUAGAGCCCGCUUGUCUCUCUUACAGUCAUCUCGUCAAGCUACAAUGCAACCAGCUGAGGAGAUCGGCCUGCGGAGAAGCAGCAGUAGCUGCAGAAGCACCCGAAGGAUUCUUCCAUCCAACUACACAAGAUCAACAUCAUCACCUCCAGCAGACACCGACGACGUUCCCGAAAAGCCGCUCGUCAGAAGGAAUAACUCGGCUUUCAGCCUUCAACGACAAAACAAAACUCGAAGCAUGGCAGCCAUUAUCAGAUCACUUCUCGGCGUGAUCUCUCUCCCCUCCUUACUUCCUUCAUCCCGGUGGCUCAGCAUCCCUUCCCGUCUUUCACCAUCACCAUCGUUAGGGCGUAAAGUCACUGGAACUCUCUUCGGGCACAAGAAGGGUCAUGUCAGCUUUGCAGUGCAAGAUGACCCACGGUCUGAACCUGUUCUAUUGCUGGAGUUGGCCACCUCGACGUCUUCUCUGGUGAAGGAGAUGUCGUCCGGCUUGGUCCGAAUCGCGCUUGAAUGCGAGAAGGGAUCGGCUGCCAGUGGCCGGCCGGUGAAGCUGUUCCAGGAGCCCAUGUGGACUAUGUACUGUAAUGGCCGAAAGUGUGGCUAUAGUAUGUCCCGCACGUGCGGGGAACCCGAUUGGCAAGUGCUGAAUACCGUGCAGACUGUUUCAGUCGGUGCCGGUGUAAUUCCGGCCGAGAAGGAUCAAAAUAAUAACACGGCAGAAGGGGAGCUUAUGUAUAUGCGAGCAAGGUUUGAACGAGUCGUCGGUAGUCGUGACUCGGAAGCUUUUUAUAUGAUGAACCCGGACGGUAAUGGCGGGCCGGAACUCAGCAUCUUUCUGCUUAGAAUUUGAGAUACUCAUCUUUCGAUUGUUUCGCCUUAAAUCUUAACAAGCUGGGCUAUAUGAUUGCUUUCUGUAAGAAUGUAACUUUGUAAUGUUUAUGUUGCAAUUGUGUAUUUCUGUAUGACUGUAUCAUCUCCUCUCAAAUCUUUUUUUUUUUCGUUCAUGGUGAAUUGGUUCGACUUCGACCUGCUCUCUCAAACGCGUACACUUACACCCACACGUGCACCGUUCACAUGCG